CUGUCCCUGAAAUUCUUGCUAGAUUGUGAGAUUUCCCUUUGAUUUUUUGGUGUCAAUCUUGUUUACACAGCAAACAAGGGAGAAAAAGUUAUCUUAUGAAAAUUAAGCGUUGAAGCUGUGGUUUUUAGGCCUUACUUAGUGAAGCCACCAAUUAGACAUGGUUGCCGCCUUCUCUGCGUAAUUGUACAGACUUCACUCCUCUCACCAUCGCUUAUGCCAUGAGAGUCUUUUGCAGUCAAGCUUAAGAUUUGAAGUGGCAUGUCGAAGAGGUGAUCAAUAAAAGCUACUUUUCAAAAAAAAAAAAAAAGCGUUGAAGCUGUGGUGUUAAUUGGUUGAAGAUUGGUGUCUACAGGUGGGUAUUUUAAGCUAUGCCGCUCUGGAUAAGGCCUUUCUAUCCUGGCAAUUAAGUUUCGGGGUUGCCGGCAGCUACAGCGGCAACCCUGGUUGGAGUGACGGCAUUCAAUUUUUAUAUGGGGAUUGUCUCUACCCGAGAUCUGGUACAUAUGCUUGGUCAAAAUUGAGGCGAAGCCAUCUAUAUAAUACAUUAUAAUUUUGAUCGGUUGAAAGCAGAAAUAUAACCUUUCAUGAUCAUAAUUAUAUGUUCUUCACUAGUACAAAAUUUUCCGACCAAACCCUGCCCAUCCUUACCCUCAUGUUAUGAUCUUUUUCCAUUUUGAAGCUUAGAUAAACAGUUUAAAGUGUUUCCUUUCAAAUGAAUUAAAAAAAAAUGAAAAAGAUGAAUACGUGGAUAUCCAUAUCAGGGAACGUGCUUCGGUGUAUGGGAUUAGUUUAACGUGCUCCUGGGCUACAAUCUUUCAACUACUUAUAAUUGUUUUGUAAGAGGCGUGUUUAUAUUCUUCUGGUUGACCUCAAUUUUGCAGGGAUGGUAAAUAGCAGGAUAAUUCAUUAUGUUCUUCUGCUGAGAAACAAUGAUAUUCUGGUAGUGAAUGAUGUUACAUGAGGCCGGUACUCUGCUGUAACAAGUCUUCUGCCAUUGUUGGAGGUUAAAGACUUCAUCAGCAUUUUGUAUCUCUGCUGGAAUUAGUACAUAACAUAUUGGAGGUUAAAGACUUCUUUGUACGGUAUAGCUUUGUUGGGGCGGUCUCUUAGAGAUGCCUGAAGGCAUCUAUAUGCAAGACUUACGUUUGCUUGAUUUUCUCAAGCAUUUAUCUAAUGAGUUCGAUGGCGCCUUGGUAAAAAAUUAAAAAGGAAUUUUUAACCAAUUCAAAUCCUCUGUCCCCAUUUUAUGACUCAUCUUUCAUAAAUUUCCACAUUUCUAUAUUUAUUUCUGAUUUUUUUCUUCUUUCUCUACUGGCAGAUGGUAAAGUAAACUUCUUUCUUCUUUUACUUCUUGUUGUAGUCUUCUCCAUAUGUUGUUGUUCCAGCAGGGAAAGCAGAUGAAUCACGGCUUUCAAGUCUGGUGCGUAAUUCCAUCGUCAUCGGUGACCAAGAUAGUUGGCCUCUGGUCAAAGCUGUUAGAAUCAACCUUUUCUAGACAAAUAUUUCAUAUGUUAUUUCAGUGUCUGCUUUAGCUUCUUACAGAAUUUAAAAAUAGGCAAAGUUGCAUUGUUUAAGAUAUGCCUAUUGUGAGUUAUAAAAUUUCUUGGAGUGAACGUCCACAAUUACAGGGUAGUUGGCUUUCAAGAAAAAGGAGUUGGUAGUUGUCCUAUCGGGUGAUUAGGACGAUCGGGGUGAGGAUCACAGCAAGGAGUGGGUAGAGGAGGCUGCCGAAGCGGGAGUUUCAUCACCGGAGAUCGGCGGGGAAGAAGUGAACUGAUAAGGUGGACUCAAACCUCUCCCAGGCUGACAUGCGACACGGUGCAUACUCAAAGCCCACAAUGUGCGAAACUGACAUGCUAAAGAAAGCAAAUAGAUAUGGUUAUCUCGAUGCCAAUAUCGUGCGGAACACUCAAGAGUUCUGUGGACUUAUGCAGAAGAGAAGGAGGCUGCAGGCAUGCUGUCAGGUGGAAGUAAUUAGAGAUGAACAAGAAUGUAAAGAAGCGCAAAGUUCAUAUGGUUCCUUUUCGAGAAGAGAAAAACAGAAAUGUCCAUCUUAUUCUUCCUCCAAUGGCAUGAAAACAGAAAAGCGGCCAGCAGGAGAAGAAAUAACUGCACAAGCAAAAAGGAGCGCCCAGCCCAAUUCAGGCCUUAAGAAAGCAAAGAAGCGCCUAAAGAGAAUGAAAAUUGAAGUGGCAGAGAGGAGAGGGGAGACAACGUUGAUGAUGGAGUUGCUAAAGAAUGAAAAAAAAGAGACGGAAAUUGCUGUUGGAAAGAUUCAGAAUGAUAUUGAGAGAAUGAAGAGAGAAAAUCUGCUAAAGCUCGAAAAGGAUGAAUGCACCCGACAAUUUGUUAAUCAUAUGCUGGUUAUCUUUGAAGCCGAGGACAACCUCAUGGUUGAUUAAUUAUCGACUUCAACUAUUGGACGAAUAAAAGUUUGUGUUUAUCAAGCAGUAUACACAGAAAUCACCAUGUGCUGCUUGAUAAGUGUCUCUGAAAAGUUCUGGCUUUGUUUCUCUGAGGACCGUGUUUGCUGCUGCAUAGUAAAAAUCCAUCCGUUUGGGUCACCAUUUCUACUGCUUUUCUUUUCCAUGACAAAACAUUAUUGCUCCUACUGUUCACCCAACCUUAAAUUUUGACUUGAUACAAUUUUCUUUUUUGCACUUAGCUUGACUAAAUUAGUAAAAAGAACUGGAAUUCG